AGAAUGCUAGCCCAGUAUCUGUUUGCCCGUCCAUAACUCAAGGCUCUCCCUGCGAGUUGCGAAAGUUCUUUUCAUUCGAUGUUCCGCUAGCUCUUUACUCCCGCUGAUUGGAGACGAACAGCGCAAUCGUUUCUGAGAAGCAAGUAUAUGGUAGUUUAGCCAGAAAGGAGAAGAAAGAAGAGAAAAGUUAUGGCAGGCAAAGCUGCUAGUUCAGUGGCGAAGGCUGUAGGAGGAUAUCAGUAUCCAUGGCGUGAGAAGUUGGCAAAAUAUAAGGAUGAACUUGCCAAAGGUGUUUGGGGGUAUUGGGAGCUGGGAGCUUGGAAGCCACUUGGUAUUAGUGCUCGGCGUAGAGCUAGGCUUCGCAAGGAAGUGCUUCUUGCUGGUGAAGAUUGGCCAUAUGAUCCAGAAAGGAAGGAGAUGAAAACUAGAAGGAAGGGACAUAAAUGCGACAGGAUAGCUGCUGAAAAAAGGGAAAACACUGCAAGAUUGAUGGAGAAGAUGCCAGAUAUGUUGCGGGAUUACAAGAAGCGCAGGUGGGAGAAGAAGAUGAAGGAAGAAGACAAAGGCAAAUAAUAUAUUUUUGUGCAAUAUUGCUUUGUGCUUAGUUCAUCCUGAUUUUGUGCUUAGACCAAACCCUAAAUUUUUGGCGUGCUGGCCUUUAAUGUAUGGAUUUGAUAGUGCUAUAUCGCGAUGCUGUGCCUGUACCAAUUUGGGAAUAACAUUUCUGUAGACCGAUCUUUUGGUUACUUGGGCAAGAGUCCACUAGUGAAAGACUUCGCUGGGCUGCUGGUUUUUUAAACCCAUUUUCGGGGAUUCUGCUAUGAAAAUACACGGUUCAAC